AUGACGACUUCAUUUAAAUCAGAUUUAACACAAAACGUACAGUCAAAUUAUUGUUCAACAUCGUCAACUGAAGAAGGAGAAGCCGACCUGAUAAAAUUACAAGCUAAUCAAGCAUUUAAAAAUAGUGAUUAUGAAAAAGCAAUUGAACUUUAUACAAAAGCUAUUCAAACUCAUCCAGAUGCUAUUUUAUAUUCGAAUCGAAGUAUAGCAUAUCUUCGUCGUGAAUGGUAUGGUUUUGCAUUGAUAGACGCUAAAAAAGCAUUAGAAUAUGAUCCGAAAUAUAUUAAAGCAUAUUAUCGGCGCGCUUCGGCAUAUAUGGCUUUGGGAAAAUUUACUACAGCACUAAGUGAUUAUGAAUAUGUUAAAAAAGCUCUUCCAUAUAAUAACGAGGCAAUUACGAAAUAUGAAGAAUGUAAAAAGGUUGUUACGCGCAUUCGCUUUGAACGAGCGAUUGCUGUUGAUGAAUCAAGACAAUCUGCAGUUACUCAAAUUGAUGUUAAUUCAAUGACUAUAGGACCAGAAUAUGAUGGUCCACAUUUAGACACGAACGGUCGAGUUACGCAACAAUUCAUGUUGAAACUUUUACCUUAUUUAGAAAAUCAAAAACUCCUUCAUAAAAAAUAUGCCUAUCAAAUUAUUCUACAAAUACUUUCCAUGCUAACAUCAUUACCAACAUUAGUUGAAAUCACUGUACCUGAUAAACAUAAAUUUACUAUAUGUGGAGAUGUACACGGACAAUUUUAUGAUUUAUUAAACAUAUUCAAACUAAACGGAUUACCAUCGGAAGAAAAUCCUUAUUUAUUUAAUGGGGAUUUUGUUGAUCGUGGUGCAUUUAGUGUUGAAUGUAUUAUUACUUUGUUUGGCUUUAAAUUACUUUAUCCGAAACAUUUUUUUCUUGCUCGAGGUAAUCAUGAAUCGAUAAUAAUGAAUCAAAUGUAUGGAUUUGAAGGUGAAGUCAAAGAAAAAUAUACUCCAGAAAUGUUUCAAUUGUUUACUAAAGUUUUCAAUUAUCUACCGUUGGCACAUUGUAUUAAUAAGAAAAUAUUCGUGACUCAUGGUGGAUUAUUUAAUAAAGAUGAUGUUACAUUACAAGAUAUUUGUGGUAUUGAUCGAGUUCGACAACCACCGAAUGAAGGAUUAAUGGCAGAUUUAUUGUGGAGUGAUCCACAAACGCAAAAUGGCAGAUGUGAAAGUAAACGUGGUCUUGGUGUUCAAUUUGGACCUGAUAUCACUGAACGUUUCCUUAAAUUGAACAAUUUGGAAUAUAUUGUUCGUAGUCAUGAACUUAAACAGCAAGGUUAUGAUUUGGGUCACAAUAGAAAAUGUAUAACAGUAUUUUCGGCACCAAACUAUUGUGAUACGAUGGGAAAUAAAGGUGCUUUUAUUACGAUUACUGGUGAUGAUAUAACUCCUAAAUUUACAUCCUAUGCAGCUGUACCUCAUCCGACAGCACGACCGAUGAUGUAUGCUAAUCAAUCGUCGCUAUUUGCUUCAAUGUAA